UCCACCACCCAACCAGACAAUAUUUUUAGCAGCUCUCAGUAUAGAUCAAUAUAGGGUUACACUCCGAUCGUAGUAAUGCGGCCCAGCGCACCGCCAACACUGUAGGGGGCUUGUGCGCAUAACGGUGUGAGCCACCACGCGGGCUACUUGCCUCCCACCACCACCAUCACCACCACCCCCCCAAGUCCCUUAUCUGCUCCGUCAGGCAGUUUCCUGCACGUGUCCUGGGUGAGCAUUACGCCGCAAGUUGGCCCACUUUGCAACUCGCCGCGUUGUUUGCUCAACGUCGCGUGGUCGGAACAAUAGCGCGUGGUGGUGGUGCUGCAGCAGCAGCAGCAAGCAAGCAAGCAAGCGUGGAGACGCAGCAGAGCACGAGGGGAGCGACGUUGAGGAUGUAAACACAGAACCAACGUGGGGACGUGGAUCAAGAACGGGGGAGCAGUCGCGCAAACCGCACACCCGUCGCGUCGUUCCGAGUCAAAUGACACCGAGAAGAUGAAUCGCAACGUGAUGCGCCAAAGCAACUGAAACUCGUGACAGGCACAGCAGAGCUGGGAAGAAGAAGAAGAAGAAGCAGAAGAAGGGGGGAGGGGGGGGGAGGAGUGGAAGAGGAGAGGCGAUUAGAUAUCACAAAGCCAAACAGCCGGGGCGCGAACGCGACCAUUCCCAGACGAGCGAGCGAGGGGAACAAAAAAAGAAUAGUUUGAGAAAGAGAGGCCGAGAAUCCCGGUGUCACGUGCUUCUAUUGACGAGGAGGGAGGGCACCAUAAGCCCGGCACUGCUGAUAUCACCAACCAAUGCUGCAACUGAGACGACUAAAGCCUCCGCUGUCCAAGAGCUACGAGACCCUCAGCCGGCAUGCGUUCAUAGUAAUCAUCGACGUUUAAGUGUGAGAGUAGGGGGGGGUGGGGGGGUGUAAAGUGACAAUGUCUGACCAGCAAUUAAAACAUUUGCGCUCAGAGUUUUUGACCGAGGUCGGGUCAUGGAUCCAGGAGCCGAUCAUCUCGGCGUGACGGGGACAGGCUCCCACCAUGCGGGACCUGAAAUGCAGCCUCGACGAGGAGCUACUGGAGAUCUGUGAAAAAGAGCUUCAUCGCUCAUCGGAUUUGUCCAGGAUAAAUGAUGAGUCUGAUUAUUCUGAGUCCCACCGAGGAUGUUCGUUUAGCGAUCCUCUUCGAGAACUGUUGAGAAGACGCUGCUGGAGUCUGUAGCAGCGGGAAACUGCAGCUGAAGGUCAGCGACCGAGAGCGCUUCUGACGGAGCCAGAGAUUAUGCUGCUGCUUCUACUGCUGCUGCUGCUCUGAAUCGCCACGCCCUGGGAAGGUGGUGGACCGUCGGCGACUCGCGUCACCGGCAUAAAGGCGAAGUCCUGCCAGUAACAUCACCCAUGAAUUCGGACGCCCGAUGCACGAGAGAUUAUGCAAUAAAGUCGCAGGGUCGUGUGAACGUUUUUGUAGGUGUACGAUUUAUUUAAACAUAUAUGUGUCUGUGUGUGUGUGUUAAAGCAACAUUUUCCGGGCCGUUCUUCAGUCUGGAAGAAGAUCACGUGCACUGCCGCCGGUGAAUGGCACCGUCCCAUCCCUGUGCCUCCGUAGCCAUUGAGCCUGCAGGCCCACCGACCCGAGCCAGAACGCUCAACCACGCAACCUCCCGUGUGGCACCCGCGUGGAAGCCACAUAGAACCACCCACAGGCCUCUAUUAUUAGACCUGCCUAUCCCUAUGAGACUAGCCCAUAUCUAUUAGACUUAGCUAUCUCUAAUAAAAGACCUACCCAUCUCUAUUAGACUUAGCUAUCUUUAAUAAAAGACCUACCCAUAUCUAUUAGACUUAGCUAUCUCUAAUAAAAGACCUACCCAUCUCUGUUAGACCAGGUAUCCCAGCUGCCACCAUGGGGUGUCUAAGCUGCAAGCCGUCCACCGGGGCGGUCACGUCCAACGGGGCCGUGACCUCGUCGUCCACUGUCGUGACCCCCCCGCCGUGCACAUCCGACUACGGCGCGGCCCUGAAGCCGGGCAGCCUGGACGCCGCACCGCUGCUGGGAGGGACGCGGGGGCCUUGCUCGGUGGCGAGCAUCGCCGCCACGCGGGCCGACCCGGGGGGACCGCCGGGGCCGCCGCCACUGCAACCGCCGCGGGCCGGCGUCGUGGCCAACGGAGGGCCCCGCUCCGUGGGGGGCUUGGGGCGCUGGGAGGCGCUCCACGGGGAGCAUAAGGUCCCGAGCCGGGAGGACGUCUCAGCGGACGACUUCGUGCUGGAGGAGGUGCACGCCUCCAUCGAGGAGUGCCCCACGCGGCUCGAGGAGGACUCGGCGCUGGUGCUGCGCUACGUGACACCGCACUUCACGGCGCGGGCGCGCGUGCGCGUGCCGCCCGUCCCGCGCGCCGCCGAGCAGUGGCACGUGGGCUGGAUCCAAGCGUGCACUCGCAUGACCUUCCACAAUAUCUACGGAGACCUGGGCCUGUCGAGCUGGGAGCUGCCUCCGCUGCGCGACGGGCGAGUGCGCACGGUGAGCGACGCGGACGGUUCGCUCUACCCGUGGUACGGCAGCUCGGGCGAGGUCCUCACCGUCACAGGACCCACGCUCACCCCCACCACCUUCUCGCUGGGCAUGAGCGACAACUUCUACCCGAGCGUCACCUGGGCCGUGCCCGUCUCGCUCGCCGCCACCGCCGCCACCACGGGGUCCGCACACAGAGAAGCAUCGUCCAGGGAGCAGCAGCAAGGGCCGCCGAGAGAGACGCCCGUCACAGCACCGCCUCGGUGCGGCUCACGGCCUCCCACCACCACCGACACCACCACCGACACCGCCACCACCGACAGUGCCGACCCGGGAGGGGUCACGAGCAGCCAGAAAACGCCACGGACGCCGCCCAGCCGCGACCGUGGCUCGGCGCGGCCCGACGGUGCGACGCGCGAAUCCCCGCCGGGACGCAGCGGAGCCGACGACAAGAACACGAUGACGGCGGCCCCGUCGUCGCCCUCCUCCCCCUGCCUGCUCUCGCCGGGCCAGCCGGCGCUCACCGUCGUGCUGCGCGACCAGAGCUUCGUGUCGUGGCUGGCGGCGCGCUGCGGCGGCGGCGGCGGCGGCGAUGCGGCGCGGCCCGUGGUGCUCGCCACGGUGUCGUGGCGCAUGCGGCUCCGCGUGGCCGUGGAGCCGGGGGCGCCGCUGGGGCAGCGCGCGCGCCUCUUGGGGCCCGCGCUGCAGGAGCCGCCCCGCGUGUGCCGCUACGGCGCGAAGGGCCGCGGGGAGGAUCGCUGCGGGGAGGGCGGCGACGGCGGCGGCGGCGGCGGCGGCGGGCCGAGCGUGGGGAACGGGCUGAACGGGCUGGAGGAGGCCCUGCGGGGUCUCGCGGGAGUCGGCGAAGGUCGCGAGCGAUGGACGCGCGACGGCGGCGCGCCGUGCCGCUGCGGCCUGGCACCGUGGCUCCACGCGGUGCCCGACGAGGUGCUGGGCCCGCCCAACGCCAACGGGGCGCAGGUGCUCAUGUGGAGGCCGAGCGUGGGCGAGCCGCUGCUCGUCAUCCCGGCCAAACUCCAAAUGUGAGCGCGGCGGUGACGGCGCGCUGGCCAGCGUGCUGUCAUCCGGCAGCGGAGUCGCGGACAGCUGCUGCCCGUCACAGGGGACUCUCGGAACGCCAGGAAUAGUGGAUGCGUGAAAUCAGCCGGGGAGGAAAUGUCGCCGUCCCUCGCCGUGUCUCUGUCUUUUUUUAUUCAUUUAAAGAAGACGAGGAUUCUUUGGGUUCCAGGCUGCGUUAGCAAGUUGAUUGAAGGCGGCUCCGACUGCGAGUUUGUCGUCGCACACGAUGGGAACCCGGCACGUUUCAAAACUACAAAGUAGUCUCGCUCGACACCUAGACUUUAAUCACGAGCCCGACACUAAUUAAACGUGAGCUGCACCAUUUGCCGCAGAGAUUUAUAUAUUUUUUUUGCUGUUCGCAGCACGGUGUUUCAAGCGAGAGUUUUGGGACGCGUGGUUUCGGGGCAACGCGCGUCUCCGGUGAGAAUUCCGGCGUUCGACUCCUCGUGUUCCGAAUGCCACUCGAAGGAGUAACCGACGGCUUCUCUCCCUCGAGGGCGAACAAUUCGGACGCCGGUGGGUCGUUUUUUUGGGGGGGGACGUUUACAUGCGUUUCGCUCAGGCGGAGGACUCUUCUUGGAAGCAACGAAGCGCUUCCACUCGGCAUUGCGGACUAUUUGAUAAUUUAUUUUGUGUGUGUGUGCGUAUGCUUGCUUUAGUGCAAGCUGUAAGCCGACGGGGGGCUGUACCGAAUAGUCGUUAAAAUUGUUUCUGCUUCUUUGACAUUGACCUGUAAAAAUGCAAAAGGCCUAACUGUGAAUCGUGCUGUGGCAGACGCCGCCAAUUUUUUUUUUUUAAACGGCGGCGUACGUCUUCGCGAACGCUUAAGACGAGCAGCGGACAACAGCUGAACAACGCCGCCACCGCUCUUAAGCCAGGUGGCACCCGACAACGAUGCUGUGUUUCUAAUGCCGGGGGCGGCUCGCUCGCUCAACUCUCUGUUUUUGUCACUGCGAAGGCCACUUGCUGAUGACGGGAGCAUCGCACAUCGGUGCGCUGAGCUUCUUUCGCACCGUACGUAGCCAACCGCGCUUCGUCGGAGGUGAUAAUGAUCGAUUAGAAAUGGAAGGAGCGACUGAUGGGGGCGGUGGGGGGUGCGUGCCCGCUGUGUGGCUCACCAAAAGGGGUGUUUUGAAAUUCCUAUUGGGCCCUCGGUAAGGAAGACAGAGGUCCCGCGCCAACUUACUCGAAAUGCAGGGAAGAGCAAAUCCACAAACCACUGAACUACAGUCGCUGUUUUCGGAGGGAGGCUCACGAGGAGACUGUGCCUUUGCCUGUAGUCAGGAAAAAUUUAACGUGAACUCGGGUCACGUUCGUUUAUGCGAACGUUUGAAUUAAAUAGAAAUCAAUGCAGCGCUGGGCUACGUCAUCCAUUGUUGUAAUCAUGCGUUGUUGUAAUCGUGCGUUGUUAUAAUCAUACAUUGUUAUAAUAAUGCAUUGUUAUAAUCAUGCAGUGUUAUAAUCAUGCAUCGUUAUGAGCAUGCAUUGUUAUAAUCAUGCAUUGUUAUACUCAUGAAUCGUUAUAAUCAUGCAUUGUUAUAACCAUGCAUUGUUAUGAUCAUGCAUGGUUAUAAUCAUGCAGUGUUAUAACCAUGCAUUGUUAUGAUCAUGUUUUGUUAUACUCAUGAAUCGUCAUAAUCAUGCAUUGUUAUAACCAUGUAUUGUUAUGAUCAUGCAUUGUUAUACUCAUGAAUCGUCAUAAUCAUGCAUUGUUAUAACCAUGCAUUGUUAUGAUCAUGCCUUGUUAUACUCAUGAAUCGUUAUAAUCAUGCAUUGUUAUAACCAUUAAUUGUUAUAACCAUGCAUCGUUAUACUCAAGCAUCAUUUUAACCAUGCAUUGUUAUACCCAUGCAUUGUUCCAACCAUGCAUUGGUACAAUCAUACAUUGUUAUAAUCAAAAGCAACGUUGUUCAAAGCCGAAUAACAAGUCACCUGGCUUUGGUCACCCCCUCAUCCUCACGCCUUUCAAUAAUCAGGAGUUCAUUUACUCGAGUUAAGAGAGGGUCGACGAUUACAACGCAACGCGAGUGUGGGGGAUACCGUUUAGUAGCAGAGUCCCCGAGUGGUUAGGACAGAAUAAACGAGUCCCACGGUGUGAAUGAUAAAAAAAACUUAUGAAGUCCAGAAAUUACGACACUGUUUUGUUACUCGUGAUGAAUGCAUCGACAAGAGGAGGCUGCGUCAAUAUCGCUCACAGUUCCCAAGCACACAGGGUAACUUUUCAAAAGCGAGGUUAUUUAAACUCCUGAAACUACUCUUUUAUAGCUGUUGAGGUACAAACGUUUGCAACUCCUUUACAAAGUAUUAUUAUUAUUCAAUUGCCAUUUACGAGGGCGGACCAUCAUGAGUUCUUGCGAUGUUCACGUAAAUGUAUUUUUUAUACUACGUGCAGUAUUUGUGCUUGCGUGAUUUAUAUAAGUCGCGCACGGUUCUCGGUACAAUUUCAGAAUCAGAAGAUGUAUUUAUACUGGAGGAAUCCGAUGAGCUAUAAAGCUUUUUUUCACAGAUGUCAAGUAAUAAAGGUUUUUGGGUU